CUGUGUGAUAUGGCAACCAAGCAUGCCCAUCACUAAGGCAUGAUGACAAACAGGGAUGACAAGUCCGGAUGGGACGGCGACACGGAACGAUAAUCCGGUGCGAGGUGCACCAUCCCUAUUGCACGGCAAACAGGAUACGACAGGUUCAGUUGGUACGGUGACAUCAAGCGAAGCGGAGCAGAGCAGAAUACCACAACUGGCGACGAGAUUAAAACGGUGAACUAGAUACUAGAUAGAUACUAAAGGAAUGGACACUUGGAACAUUUCUCAUUUCCUUUUUAGGUCAAUGGAUCGGAAUUCUAUCAGAAGCGAAUGGGUUAAGUACAAAAGAAAUUUUGACUUCAUCAUUGCGGUAAUCGAAGAGAACAACAGAACUAAGAUACGGAACAUUUUUUUGGCAAGGGCGGGACCAGAUGUGCAGGAAAUCUUUGCCACUAUACCAGGCGCGGAUGUAAAGGAAGACGCGAGCCAAGGUAUCGAUCCUUAUCAUGUGGCUAUUCAAAAGUUGGACGAAUACUUUUUUCCCAAGCAGCACGAGGUUUUUGAACGGAAUCAAUUCUGGACGCUAAAGCCGGAGCAGGGUGAAACGAUUGAACAGUUCACGUUCAGGUGUCAAAGUUUGGCCCAAAAGUGUUAUUUCGGCAAGACCGAAGAGGAAGCUAGAGCGAAUAAUGUCAUCGAUAAGGUAAUAUUAUUCGCGCCAAAUGAACUAAAAGAAAAAUUGUUACAACAUAAAGCGAUGAAUGUAGAACAAAUGAUUCAAGUAGUUAGCUCGUACGAAUCAGUUAAAAGGCAGGCACGAGAAAUACUCGCACCAGGAAAAGUCGAAACAAGGGACUAUAAUGCAAGCGAACAGGUUGGUUCCGGCCAAGAGAGAGUGUUUCAGAUGCGGGAAAAAGGAUCAUUUGGCGGCUGAUCCAAAAUGUCCUGCACGUAAUAAGGAGUGCUAUAAAUGUAAGAAGGUCGGACAUUUUGGUUCGCAGUGCCGCACACCUGGAUCCACCAAAAGGCAAGGAGGAAAUGACAAUAAUGGGGCGAAACGUUACCGACAGGAAAGAGUUAGGGCUAUUGAAAACCGGACUGAAGAAGAAGAAGAAGGAAAAUGAAGCACAGAAAAUUUCAUCUACAACAUCAGCAAUAGGGGAGAGAUGCUGUGGAUUAAAGUGGGAGGUGUGAUGCUGCAUGUUUUAGUUGAUUCGGGAUGCAACAAAAACAUAAUAAGCGAGAAAGCAUGGGAAUAUAUCAGAAGAAAUAUUAUAGAAAGAGGGGUAAAUCUAACAGAGUGCAAGGAGAUAUUUUUACCAUAUGGGGAAAAGGCUAAGCCGUUAACGGUAUUAGGAAAAUUUGAGGCGUCGGUUGAAAUUGAAGAUGAGGAGAGACGGAUAUGCAAGCCAGCUUCAUUUUAUGUUAUAAAAGGAAGCCAACAGUUGCUACUAGGUCGAAUUACGGCUAAGGAGUUAGGAGUGUUAUUUAUAGGGUUGCCGAGCACCCACGGGGUUAAGGCUAUAGAGCAUAGUGAACGGAACGUUUUCUCGAAGAUAAAAGGGCUAAAGAUAAAAAAUACCUAUUGACUGCGAUGUACAACCCGUAUGCCAACAUCCGCGACGCCCACCAAUAGCACUGUUAGAUAAGAUAGAGGAGAAGAUUAGGUAUCUGCUUGAAAAAGAUAUUAUAGAACCGGUGGAGGGAGGCUGUGAAUGGGUUUCACCACAAGUACCGUUCGUAAAAGAUAACGGAGAUCUAAGACUAUGUGUUGACAUGCGUAGAGCAAACGCGGCGAUUGUAAGAGAAGGGCAUUUUAUGCCUACAAUAGAAGAUUUUUUGCCUAGAUUUACAUCGGCUAAAAUCGUUAGUAGAUUAGACAUAAAGGAUGCAUUUCACCAGGUGGAACUGGAUGAGAAAUGUAGAUACAUAACAACAUUAAUAACCCAUAUGGGCCUAUUCAGGUACAAACGACUCAUGUUUGGUAUUGUGAUAGCACCGGAGGUUUUUCAGAAAAUAAUGGAGGAGGUGUUAGGAAAAUGCAGUUCAAAUGCAAUCAAUUACAUUGACGAUAUUUUGGUUUUCGAAAAAUCUGAGAGGGAACAUGAUGAGGCCCUACGAGCGGUUCUGGACGAGAUACGGAAACAGGGCAUAUUAUUAAACCAGGAAAAAUGCAUAUUUAAAGUACCGGUGAUCGAAUUUUUAGGGCAUAGAAUUUCGAGUCACGGCAUCGAAUCCACAGAAGGAAAAAUUGAGUCGUUGCGAAAAUUUCGGGCACCUUCCUCCGCAGAAGAAGUUCGAAGUUUUUUAGGCCUAAUAACAUAUUUAGGAAGAUUUCUACCAAACCUGGCAACAAUAACGGCACCACUACGCAAGUUACCACAUAAAGGAAACAAGUUCGAAUGGGGGAAUAGCCAAAAAGGAGCAUUCAAGAAAUUGAAAACAAUGGUGGCGGACGUAAAACUUUUACAUUUUAUUGAUAAUUCCAUGAGAACAAGAGUUAUCGCUGACGCUACGCCGGUUUUAUUAGGUGCAGUACUAGUUCAAUUCGAGGGCUCACAAGACGAUCUACCUAGACCAAUAGCGUAUGCUAGUAAGAGUUUGACAGACACUGAACAGCGUUACUGCCAAACAGAGAAAGAAGCUUUGGCAUUGGUUUGGGCGGUAGAGAGGUUUGCUCCGUACUUUCUAGGGCGUAUCUUUGAAUUGGAAACGGACCAUAAACCGUUAGAAGUCAUUUUUAAGCCCUCAUCACGUCCAUGCGCCCGUAUUGGAAGAUGGCUGUUGAGAUUGCAGUCUUUUAAUUACGUGGUAAAAUACAGGAAAGGCUCCAAUAAUAUAGCGGAUCCAUUAUCGCGAUUAGUGGAUAAUAAAGAGGGAAUUCCAUUCGAGCAGGAAAAUAAACAUAUGAUAUGGGCCAUAAUGAAAUCGGCAGCCAUAGACGUACAGGAGUUAGAAGACGCUGCCAAGACAAAUGAAGAAUUGUUGAAGGUUAGAGAUAGCCUCCAAUCUGGUAGCUGGAACGAGGUAGAAACCAAACCAUAUUCCCCUAUCAAAGAAGAGCUAGGUAUGGCGGGGGAUAUGAUUAUUAGGGGUAACAAACUAGUUGUACCGAAAGCGCUACGGCCAAGGAUGUUAGAGCUAGCCCACGAGGGACACCCGGGGGAGUCCAUCAUGAAACGCCAAUUAAGGAAUAGAGUUUGGUGGCCCGGAAUGAAUCAAGAGGUUGCAAAACACGUUGUUGGAUGCGAGGGAUGUCGUCUGGUAGAAAACCCGGAAAAGCCAGAACGCUCGUUACCUUUAAGACCGUGGGUCGACGUUGCACUUGAUUUCCUAGGGCCAUUACCGUGUGGUUCAUAUUUAUUGGUACUCGUAGAUUAUUUCAGUAGGUACAAAGAAGUGGAAAUAAUGACCAGAAUAACAGCCAAAGAUACGGUAGGGAAGUUGGCAAAAAUAUUUACGCGACUAGGGUUCCCGAGAACUAUAACAUUAGAUAACGCGAAACAACUGGUCGGAACGGAAUUAGAAUCGCACAGCCGGGAGCAUGGCAUACAUACAUCUAAAUCAUUCCACCCCAUACUGACCUCAAGAAAACGGUCUAGUUGAACGCCAAAAUCGAUCGUUGUUAAAAAGACUAAAGAUAAGUGCAGGUUUAGGAAGGGAUUGGAAAAAAGGACUUAGAGGAAUAUCUUAUGAUCUACUACACAACACCGCACUCCACAACAGGGAAAACACCUAACGAGCUAUUAUACGGAAAAACCAUUCGUUCAAAAAUACCGGCAUUGGAAGAUAUAGAGACCGCCGUAAUAAGAGAGGAAAUAAGGGAUCAAGACCAAACGCGGAAAUGGAAAGGAAAAACAAACGAAGAUGAAAGGAGACGAGCACGCAAGUCGUCCAUCUCAGAAGGAGAUAUAGUGCUAGCGCAAAAUAUGCUCCCGGGUAACAAACUGCAAACAAACUUCAACCCAAAGGAGUUUGUGGUGAUAGGAAAAUAAGGAUCAAGGGUAACGAUUGAGGACCAAGAAACGAGCAGAUGCUAUAAGAGAAAUGUAGCCCACUUAAAGAAAAUUGAGAAAUUGGUUGAUAAGGAAUCGGGAACACAGGAAGCGAAAACAUCGGGGGAAACAUUGAGUAAAGACAUAACGCAUUGUCAGAGAAAGAGAAAUCCACCAGCUAGGUUGACAGAUUAUGUAAAAGAAAAGGAAUUUAUUAAGAAUUUAAAUUGGUCUCAUAGGUGAUGGCACAUGGGAAUCAAAUGGGAAUAAAAACAAACAAAAAAAGGAAUGAUGUGGUAUGGCAAACAAGCAUGCCCAUCACUAAGGCAUGAUGACAAACAGGGAUGACAAGUCCGGAUGGGACGGCGACACGGAACGAUAAUCCGGUGCGAGGUGCACCAUCCCUAUUGCACGGCAAACAGGAUACGACAGGUUCAGUUGGUACGGUGACAUCAAGCGAAGCGGAGCAAAGCAGAAUACCACACCCUGUAUUCCCACCGCUCUCCUUCUAGGAGAUGAGUAUCGUGUUUACCGAUGCGACCGGGAUGCCACUAACAGCUCUCACUCUCGUGGGGGUGGUGUUUUAAUUGCCUGCAACGUUUCUCUUCUCUCUUAUGUGCUUCCUACGUUGACGCAACUGUUAGAACUCACUUGCGUAUGUAUUCAGUUAUGCUACCACCGUUUGUUUAUUGCCGCUGCCUACCUGCCUCCUAACCAUAGCAUGAAUGAGGAGAAAAGAAAUGCAUUGAUCGACUUCGUUUGCUAAUAUCUGCACUACUCUUGGUCCGAGAGACCGGUUCAUGCUUAUUGGUGAUUUCAACCAGUCUACGCUAUCCUGGACAACGGCGUCAGAGGAAAAUGGAGCUACUUUUGAUUUCUAUGAGCCUCAUGCACGCUCCGCGCGCAGUGUCCAGUUCGUUGAUGGUUUGCAUCAGAGUGGACUAUACCAGCUUAACUUCAAUACUAACUCAUCGGGGCGAAUCCUUGACCUAAUUUACGCAAAUU